AUGUCGGAUGACAGACACGAACGGUUUGGUGGAGACUUUACAAACACCAAACCGACGUUUUACGGGAUUACAGUCGCUGACGGUCUGAGUCAAUCGGCGACAGUCUAUGCUCGACUGGCCCCAAAGUUCAACAACACUCCUGAACACGUGACGUCAACAGCCGGAAGUAAAGCAAUUUUACCUUGCACGGUGGAAUAUCUAGGCGACUAUUCGGUGAUCUGGGUGAGCCCGCGGACGACUCUGAUCAGUCACGAGGACAGGCGAGACAUCGACGACCAGCGAAUCAGCGUGGAGAGGCCGUACGUUAAGGAGUGGAACCUGCACAUCCGCAACGUGCGCUACAACGACAGCGGCAGCUACAAGUGUCAGAUCAACACCAACCCGGUACAGGUCAAAGAGGUCAAGCUCUCAGUUCUAGUUCCACCAAAUAUUCUUAGCGGGGCUUCAUCUGACGACAUUCGGCUGCGAGAAGGCGAAAACGCCAAACUCGUCUGCAAUGUUACGGGAAUUCCCGCCCCAACAGUCACGUGGUUCAGACGUCACUUCAGGAAAGGCAGGGGACAUAAGGAAAAACUGAACGACGAAGGCCAGGUUUUAUUCAUUCACAACGUGUCUCGGUACUGGGACGAUAUUUAUGAGUGUUUUGUCGACAACGGCGUAUCUCCAUCUGUCAGCAAGGCCAUCAGUGUCGUUGUUGAAUGCCGGCAGCGCAGUCUUUUGAUCUCCGCAAUCUUCACGAUAGGAAGGGAGACAAUUCUGACGUGCGACAUCUACGCUUUCCCGCAACUUGUGACGCUGUGGAAACGGAAGGGGAAGCAACUCUUUACUGGCGACCGGUAUACCGUCGAGGCGAACACCGACAUUGACAAUAGACUGGUAACGCUGAGUCUGCGCAUCAACCAUUUGCUGAAGGAGGACUUUGGCAAAUACGUAUGCCAGGGAAUAAACUCACUCGGAGACGACGAUGCCAGCGUUGUUCUGUAUGAGCUGAAGCCAAACACACAGACAAAGGUUGGAACUAAGUCUCUUGGACUUCACUACAACAGGUCGGACACGCCCACGACCAGCAGAUAUUUGCACGGAAUUCCCUUCAACAACAACAUCAACAUCAACCGCAGUGACACACGUGGCCCUUUAUCACGAAACGACUUCCCUGAUCGGCUACCCCCACUGGGACGCCCAGUGGGCUACAAUGGUGAUGGAGGCGUCGAAAUGGGAACUACCAAGAACACGUCAUCCAAGGAAGCGGUGUCGUGGAUUCUCAUUGUCUUGUUGCUAACAGUCUCAAAUAUAAACCACCAUCAUGAUAUAUCAUGA